AUGAGUGUAGCAGUAUCCGUUGUGGUUGGCAUGAGUCUUUUCGGAUUGGGUGUGCUUUUAGGUGAAGGUUGUACAUACAUCAUGAAAGAAAUAGGGUAUAACAAAACCGACCACAUAUUGAACGGACUUGGAGAAGACUACUGGGAGACACUAUUGAUGAAGUACUCGGACAAGUGGCUGAAUAAGUCAAUUUUCCCGCCUCCCAAGAACAUAAUCAGAGCUCUCUCGAAAGUUUGCAAAACUGAAAACGGAGACAUUGAUAAGAGUCUGCUAUUUGCCCUGGGAUAUCGAAGUACUUCCAUCGACUUUAAAACUCUACUGUCCAAUCCGAAGGUGGACGAAAUGAUCAAAGGUCUUUGGGAUUUUAGUGAAGCGAGCAGGCAGAUAAUCACAACAGGCUUUGUCUUCAACCUCGACAAGUUUAUUACUUCACUUGAAUCACUAAACACAAUAGACCAACUUUUCAACAAGCAUAACGUGAUUUCGCACAACAGUACUUUUUCAAUCACGCCUUCCGAGUCGAAACAACUUUUAAACCAUUUCCGCGGACGAGAAUUAAAUAAUCUUAGCUCUACAAUUCAGUAUAUUAAUGCUAUGGCGAUAAUCAUGGAUGAAGAAAUUUCAAAAAUUAAAAUGGAAUUGAGAGAAACUUGGCUACAUGUUGAGAAUGUAUUGCAUGCAGUUAGUGGAUUUCGCUCAUUGAUAGUAGAUACGAAGAAAUUGGAGAGGAAGUUCGAAGGAAUGUCUGACAAACUUGUGUUGGAAAUAAAACCCUGGUUGGCUGUUCAAGCCACAGCAUACCUAGACGAAUUUACAAAGAGGCUGAUUCCUUGUGGAGAAGCACAUAAAGCAUUCUACGUUGUCACUGAAGCAACCUGUGGUGAAACCGGUCUUCUACAUCGAUUCAUGGCUUACGUUUGCAUUCUCGGUAUAAAUGUCUUCUGUCAAGCCCUCUUUGCCCUAAUAUUCCUCCUUCUUAACUCGUCCAAAACCAGGAGGGGAUGA